GGCAAAAUAUGACCGUUGGUUCGUCACUUCUCUAUAAGAAGAGCCCUCUCGACACAAUUUGCCCGUUGAAAAUUUUCAAGAAAUCGCCACCAGAAAAGAGGAAAUUUCCAAGCAAUAUUCAAGAGGUUUUCAAGCAAAUAUAGAGAAAGAUAUACAGAAAUUCUGUAGAAAGGCAAAGAAAGUUCACACAUAUCGAAGAUAAUUCCAUAAUUCUACUGAUUUUAAUUGAACAAGCACUCAUGGCAACACCAGCUAGUCACCUGAUUCAGAAUCAGAAUCUCAAUAUCCCCUCUAAUGGUGCUACUCUUGUCAAAGCAGAUAAGAAAGGAGGGGUUGGUGCAAGAAAAGCUCUUAAUGACAUAUCAAACUCGAGAAAUUCUACAAUGCUUCAAACGAAGAAAGAUCUCAGCAUUUCGAAAACCAAGUCUGUCGUUGGGGGGAAAGCUGGUGCUAGGAAAGCACUUAGUGACCUUACGAACUCUGUGAAGCCAUCCUUGCAGGUGGUUCCGAAGAAGGGUCAAAAGUUGAAUCCUGUUGUUGAAGAAAAUGUUCCCGUUUGCAUUGAGGAGGAGGGAUUCCUGCACAAUCAUCACGAGUGCAUCAAAAUCCAGAGAAAGGCCGUGGAUGUGGAUUAUUUUCUGAAGUCAGUUGUCGGACUAGAUAAUGAUAUUACUAUGUGGCCAUCAUCUCCAAGGGCAUCUGUAUCGUUGUCUAAGCCAAAGCUUGAGAGUCCUGUGAAGAACUUGGAAAUGGAGGAGAUACCGCAGAUGCUAUUUGAAGAUCAAGUUUCUAGUUGCCGGAAAACCAAUGUUCCUGGCCAUUCUUCACUUUCUUGGGGAUCUCCUAAAUCGCCAAAACUACCAUUUACGGACUGGAUGAACGAUAGUUUUUCUGAUUUUGUGUUGAUUGAGUCUCCAAAACUGCUGAAUCCUUGAAGUGCUCCAGCAAAAUCUACCUGAUUAGUACUUCCUCAACGAUUAUCGAUGAUAAUCUGGAAUGCAGAUGGAAAUAGUUACUUUCGAUUUGGUCGACCGAUUGUCCAAAAGUAUUCUUGACGUUUAUGCUUAUGUAUGGAUCGAGACAGUAUAAUUUCGUCUUUGCUAGUAAAUCCAAAUUUUAUGUUAAUUUUUUCAAUAGCAUAGAGUAGCAUGUCUCAACAGUCUUCUAGAACUAUGAAUUUGCAUAAUUGAUGGAAAUGGUUAACU